UAGCUCCACACACCCAUGUACCUAUGUAAUGGCAGCACUGAUUGAACCGAGUGGAUUUUUAAGAAGGAAUUGAAGUCGGUUGGGGAACUUACAGGGGAAGUCUGGGAGGAGUUGGAAUAGUGUGAGAGGCCUUGCUUAUUAUCAAAAUACGUUGUAUCCAUGUAUGAGAUUCUCAACGAAUAAAUGUCAUGUUAGUAUCAGAUUUCAAUAAACUUGUGAUAUUACAGUGUGUCGUCAGCAACUCUUUCUUAUUAUCAUAGCUGAAAGCAAAAUCAGAGGGGAAGCUUGCAAAACAGAUAUGCAGAGUUGUGUUGGAUCACUUUGACAAACAGUAUUCCAAAGAGCUUGGGGAUUCCUGGAAUGCAGGAUGUUCUAAUAUCUCCCCCACUGUGGCAAUAUGCUGUCCUCUUCAACAGAUUCAAUUAUCCCUUUGAACUGGAAAAGGACUUACAGUUGAGGGGCUAUCACACCCUUCAAGGGUCUUUCCCGUAUUAUCCUAAAUCCAUGAAGUGUUACCUCAGCCAAACUCCAGACCGAGUGCCUGCAGAACGGCAUCAGACUGGACACUUGAAGAAGUUCUACCUCCUCAACGCUGCUUCUCUUCUGCCAGUCCUGGCUCUGGAACUGAGUGACGGUGAGAACGUGCUGGACUUGUGUGCUGCUCCUGGAGGGAAAUCAGUAGCUCUGCUGCAGUGUGCUCAUCCAGGUUAUCUUCUUUGUAAUGAAUAUGAUAGCCUGAGAGUGAGAUGGCUGAGACAGACGUUGGAAUCUUUCAUCCCACAGCCUUUGAUAAAUGUAAUUAAAGUGUCUGAAUUGGAUGGCAGAGAUAUAGGAGAUGCCCAGCCUGAAACAUUUGACAAGGUGCUAGUUGAUGCUCCGUGCUCAAAUGAUCGGAGCUGGCUGCUGUCCUCAGACUCACAGAAAGCUGCCUGGAGGAUCCAUCAGAGGAGCAGCCUGCCUGUCCUACAGGGAGACCUCCUAAGGUCUGGAAUUCAAGCCCUACGUCCUGGAGGGAUACUCGUAUACUCGACAUGCACGCUUUCCAAGGCUGAAAAUCAAGAUGUGAUAACUUACUGUCCUUAGAAGAAGAAGAUUGAGAAAAGCAAGUCUGCUCCCUGGAUGGUUUGCUGGACAAAGCAUAAAGACUGUGAGAACCAUGACUGUCAUUGUUAACUUUUCCCCCUGUGAUAUUGACCAUCAUAACCUCAUUUGAGGCUUUAAAUGGAUUCAGAAUAGGAAGCCCUUUCCUUUGGCAGAGAAGAAAAGCUUCUCCUAAUAUGCAGAACACAUAUGCCCUCCCAUUGUGUGAAAUUGCUCUGACAAGGCUCUAUUGGAAGCUUGCUGUGCCACAAUAGAGUGAACCGCAUGCCCAAUCUACCUAGACCAGACUGAACUGAGAGGCGCUGGAUGGAAAGAGUCCUCAAGAGAUUUGGCUAAACUCAGCCAGAAAAUCACACCUGUUUGAAAUACUCAUAAUCACGACUGGAGUUGCUUUCUCUUAAUUAACUCAGAACCACCUGAAAGGUGCCGAUUAAACAAUCUGGCUGAGGAGCAAGUGCUUUGAUGCUCACUGGGUAGAAAGUCAGGCUCAUUUUUUUUCUUAGAUAUUAAAUAAAAUGGAUCUCAAGGGAUUUAACCACAUAGGAACAGAAAAUUGCCCCCUCCAGCAGCUUGAAGUGGGAAGACAACAGUCAGAAAUCUCACUGCUAGUUGAUGCUGGAUCAUUGUCUGUAGAUGGAUGUUCACCAUGUUGUAGCUCACAAAUCAUUCUUCACUUCUCCAUUGAGAAAUACAAGAAGGCUCCAGUCUUCACAGCAAGCAACCCAGAGGGAUGGAGAACCCUCCCCAUCUCAAGAUGGGGGAAGAUUAA